CGAGGCUUGGCUUCCACUCUUCCAAGUUUCAAAGUUCCAGCCGUUCCAGAAUUGCAAUUGCUCUCUCCCGACCGGCGCCAUCCUAUUUGCAGUCCCUCCUCGCCAUUCGCCGGCGCCGCCCUGGCUGCGUCCCAACUCUCCGUCAGUCCCUCGCGAGUCGCGGCCUCGCCCUCGCAUAGUCGCAUAUGGACUCCUCGCGUUUCAGCAUUUGGACUGGUUGACUUUUUAAUCAAAUCUCCGACUGUUACAUAUCCUUUUCGAGCGGUCCAGCCAAAACCUUAGCUGCUUCUAUACGAAAUGUGACAUUUCGUUUGUCCACAUGCAUGUCUGAUAUAUUUGUGCAAAAGGUGGAGUUGAAAGCAGAGUGUUAGCUGCAUUUCCAUAUGAUUUAUAAAUGUGGGAAUGCUGACCUAGAGGUGAAAAAGGGGGUGAUUUUGAUUUGGGGGGAUUAUGUUCUGUUUCCAGAAAUGGAGAUGCUCAUGGUCUCUAGUGGCAAGCGGAGCUUCAAUUGUGAUACUGGUUUCGGUUGUUCACUUAUUCCUCUACCCUGUCAUUCCUUCUCUGGACUCUUUUAGUACACUGUCCUUUCAUGGGUCUGGUAGUGAAAUAGGUGAUCGGGCCUCCCAAGAUAGAAAGUAUCUACCACUAGUCAAUGAUACUGCUAAUGAAAGCCAACCUCCUAUUCUUGAUCUGAACGCCCAGUUUCCUGAAGAUUUACAUAAUGCAGUGGUAUACCGUGGUGCUCCAUGGAAGGCUGGAGUUGGCCGGUGGUUAGCUGGAUGUGAUUCAACCAAUGCAUCAGUGAAAAUAGUUGAGCAAAUCGGAGGGAAGAGCUGCAAAGAUAAUUGCAGCAGUCAAGGAGUUUGUAACCACGAGCUUGGUGAAUGUCGGUGUUUUCAUGGUUUCAGUGAUGAAGGAUGUUCGGAGAGGGUGGAGUUGAAAUGCAACUAUCCAGAGUCAAAUGAGGAGCCUUUUGGGCGAUGGGUUGUGUCAAUUUGUCCAGCGCAUUGUGACACAACAAGGACAAUGUGUUUUUGUGGUGAAGGCACAAAAUACCCAAAUCGUCCUCUUGCAGAGGCAUGCGGCUUCAAGAGCAUUCCCCCAUCUGAACCCGGUGGUCCCGUUUUGACUGAUUGGACAAAAGCCGAUCCUGAUGUAUUCACUACCAAUGCUAGCAAACAGGGAUGGUGCAAUGUGGACCCUGCUGAAGCAUAUGCUUCCAAGGUCCAUUUCAAAGAGGAGUGUAAUUGUAAGUAUGAUGGACUUUGGGGCACAUUCUGUGAGGUUCCUGUUUUAAGCACCUGUAUCAAUCAAUGCUCUGGCCAUGGGCUAUGUCGAGGUGGAUUUUGUCAGUGUCACAUUGGAUGGUUUGGAACAGACUGCAGUGUUCCCUCUGUCUUGUCAUCCAUUAUAGACUGGCCAAAGUGGCUUCGACCAGCCAAAGUCACCAUUCCAAACAAUUUGAACCCUGUUACUGUUGAAGCUAUGGUGGAAAAAAGGAGGCCACUCAUCUAUGUUUAUGAUUUGCCACCAGAGUAUAACAGUCUUCUCUUGGAGGGACGCCAUUUUAAACUGGAAUGCGUAAACAGAAUAUAUGAUCCAAACAAUGCCACAAUAUGGACAGAUAUGCUAUAUGGUGCACAGAUGGCACUUUAUGAAAGUAUAUUAGCCAGCCCUCAUCGGACAUUGAAUGGUGAAGAAGCUGAUUUUUUCUUUGUUCCGGUUCUUGAUUCAUGCAUUAUAACUCGUGCUGAUGAUGCCCCUCACAUGUCCAUGGAGAAAAACAAGGGUUUGAGGAGCUCCUUUACUCUGGAGCUAUAUAAGAAGGCUUAUGAUCACAUUACAUCAGCAUACCCUUACUGGACCCAGUCAUCAGGCAAGGAUCACAUAUGGUUCUUUUCUUGGGAUGAAGGUGCUUGCUAUGCCCCCAAGGAAAUAUGGAACAGCAUGAUGUUAGUCCAUUGGGGAAACACCAACUCAAAACAUAAACAUUCAACAACAGCAUAUUUGGCGGAUUCUUGGGAUACAAUUUCUUCUGACAGAAGGGGAAACCACCCAUGCUUUGACCCAAAUAAAGAUCUUGUGCUUCCAGCUUGGAAGCGACCUGAUGGAGGUUCUCUGAGUGCUAAAUUUUGGGCCAGGCCACGGGAGGAACGGAAGACACUAUUUUAUUUUAAUGGAAACCUCGGACCUGCUUAUGAAAAUGGGAGGCCGGAAGCAACGUAUAGUAUGGGCAUAAGACAGAAAGUGGCUGAAGAAUUUGGAUCUUCACGUAACAAGAAAGGCGAGCUUGGAAAGCAGUAUGCACAAGAUAUUGUAGUGACCCCACUGCGAGCUGAUAAUUACCAUGAGGAAUUGGCAACAUCUCUCUUUUGUGGAGUUAUGCCUGGGGAUGGGUGGAGCGGACGGAUGGAAGAUAGUAUUUUGCAAGGGUGCAUUCCCGUGGUUAUUCAGGAUGGUGUUUACCUUCCGUAUGAGAAUGUCCUUAACUACGAAAGCUUUGCUGUUAGGAUACAUGAAGAUGAAAUUCCAAGCAUGAUUAACAUUCUUCGGAACAUAAAUGAGACAGAGAUAGAAUUCAAAUUGGCAAAUGUGAAGAAAAUAUGGCAGAGAUUCAUAUACCGUGAUUCUGUCCUACUUGAAGCUGAGAGGCAGAAGGCUUUGCGUGGGAAAGUUGAGGAUUGGGCUGACCAGUUUUCACAUUUAAACGAAGAUGAUGUCUUUGCUACAUUCAUACAGGUGUUGCACUACAAGCUACACAAUGACCCGUGGAGACGACAAGUUGCUCAGACAGGAAAAGAGUCUGGGUUGCCCAGAGAAUGUAUAUUAUAACGAGAAAAUGACAUGAUGUCUUUAUUAUGCAGAUGUAGAAAAUGGCUCCACAAUUUUGCUAGAAAUAAAAAAUUGUCAUUCUUUUGUAAAAAAAGUUGCUACCUGUUGACAAUCACUUUCAUUUAUUAUUACUAUUGUUAUGGUUAGUGUUGUUUGUUACUGUUGCUAUUA